UUGUUAUUGUGGCCGCUGGGGCUACUGCUGCUCGCAGGGAUUUCGCCAUCAUAUCGCCUACGUUUGGGUCUCCAGAACGUUAUAAACGCGGGGAGCUGCGGGAAAUCACUAGUGCAAUGUCGACCCACAAAGACCUUUCAUCUGACGAGAGCUUGCAAGGUUCCUGGGUUGAGCUGCACUACAGCGGCACUGGCUCUGAAACCACUAGUCAUCAUGGAAGCCAGGAGCACAUCUCCACGUCGUCCCAGGAUGGAGACCUGGAGAAAAUGCUGCUAGACGCACAGCAUGAGUCGGGGAGAAGCAGCUCCAGAGAAAGCUCUCUGUGUAACAGCCCGCGAAGGGCACCAACCCCCCUUCUUGUGUGGAGAGGUUCAGAGGGAAACAGCUCACAGUCAGAUGAAGAUUUCCAAGAAAGACGAAAGGAAGUUGAGAACCAGAUGAAGAAGAAUGCUGAUUGGAUCUGGGACUGGUCUAGUCGGCCUGAGAACAAUCCACCAAAGGAGCUUCUGCUGAGGUACCGUAAGCGCUCAACCUCGCUCAGCAUUAGGAACACCAGUGUCAUGAAGAAGGGAGGGGUUCUGUCUGCUGAUUUUCUGAAGCUUUUCCUUCCCUCGUUAAUAAUUUCUCACAUACUUGCUGUUGGCAUUGGAAUAUAUAUUGGGAAGCGCCUAACCUCCCACAACACCUACUAGGUGAGAUGGUGAUGGGUUGCAAAGCCUUAUCAGCUGCGACCAUAUUGGCAUGCCUUAAAACGGGACCUUUUAAAGAUCUAGAGAGGUGUGUCACAUGACAAGGUCCAAUAUGAUUGAGUGCACCACAUCGUCCCCAUCAGCAUGGACAGCUAAGGCUCCGGGUACAUUCAUGAACAAAACAAGUGACCAAUCCCAUGCUCCUUGCUGUUGUACAUGUCUGGAGAAGACUGAUUGCUGCUUUCAGCUCUUUAGGUCCACACAUUAGGGAGCUAAUGAAUCACUGAAAUCAUUGCCUUCUUCUUUUUGCAGUGAGAUAUUACUUUUCAUUAUCGGGAUAUACUGCUACCUUUUUUCAGAUCAACUGUGAAUUAUGGAAAUUCUUUGACUUAUCAUUUUUAUAUAUCUUUUUGUUUAACAGAUAAUUUCCUGAUUGGCUUGUGUUUAUGGCAAACAUUAUUAGUUGUUCUUUUGCAUUAUGCAAUAUGAUUAUAGGAAACAUCUACUGGUAACUGGCUGAGAUCUGGAUCAUUUGAUUCACCUUACACAAAAUAAAAGUUGAAAACACA